UUACAUGAAACACAGACAAAACUGCAUAUAAACACCGUAAGGCCGCACCGGGUGAUAGACGCGCGCUUCCCCCGCCAGUGGCUGCGGUACCGGCAGUGACAGGAGAGCGGCGGGCGGUGACCGGAAUGACUCAUUGUGCGUUACUUAAACCAGGCCCGAGCCGGGACCGUUACAUGACGGCGCUCAGUCCGACCACAGCCCAGCCCGGGGAGCACACCACACGGAGAGUCUCUCGCUGCAGCCGGAGGGGAACAGAGUUCUGACCACUUCCUCGCCCUGUGCUUGACGGUCGCGCCUGCUGCUUAGGCCCGAAGCUCUGCCUCGCCCAUUCACCCCUCCCCCACUGUGGCAACAGCUCGGGCGUAGCCUUCCCUCCCUCCGGGUGACGCGUCCGGUUACGUGCCUGCUGCACAGCCUGGGCUCAGGCCUGUCCUCUCCGCCCGCUGCUUGUGACGAGCCGGCUACGUGAGCACCGCUGCUGACAGGCUUGACAAAUGGAAACCUCAGGGUCACAAGAAGAUGGAUGUGAAGGUGAUUCCUUUGCAGAAAGUGAUAUUAUUGUAGAUAGUCCAACCAAAAUUGCAAGCAUGGAACAGGUAACACAGAUGGAGAAUUGUGACCCUUCAGAAUCACCCAAGGAGGGUUACAGCCAGAAAGAGAGAGAACUUCUUGUAAGGAGACCAUCAUAUAAAAGAAUUUUGAAUGAGCUGUCCUCUGAGGUUUCUGCAGUCUCGAAUAUUGAGGAAGAAAGUGUAGAAGAAGAAGAAGAAGAAGAAGAUGCUACAUCUAACCCCUCUACAGAGACAAGUUCCACACAGAUAUAUCAAACAAGCACAGGACAAUACAUUACGAUAGGAGAAGGUGGAGUGUUUCAAAUUGCUAAUCCAGUAUCAGAUGGUGUGCAAGGAUUACACACUGUAUCCAGUUUAGGAGCUUCCCAUCCAGGAGCUACAAUUCUGCAGUAUGCAACUCAAGCAGCAGAUGGCACACAGCAGUUUUUCAUACCAAGCAGUCGGGUCGUUGUUCAAGCGGCCACCGGAGACAUGCCAGCUUACCAGAUACGUACUCCAAGCUCUGCUAUGCCACAAGGAGUAGUAGUGGCAUCUGCACCAGCCAACUUGCAUAGUCCUCAGCAGCUAGCAGAAGAAGCUACGCGGAAGAGAGAGAUGCGAUUAAUGAAAAACAGGGAAGCUGCACGGGAGUGUCGGAAAAAGAAGAAAGAAUAUGUGAAAUGUCUUGAAAAUCGUGUGGCUGUGCUUGAGAACCAAAACAAGACUCUGAUUGAGGAGCUGAAGGCCCUUAAAGAUCUAUAUUGUCAUAAAACAGAAUAAUUAUUAUUUUAAUUUUUUUUGACAUGGGACUUGUUAUAAGCAUAAUACUAAGCAGUUGCAAUCUGGACCCUGACAUGGACUGUGAGCCCGGGAAAACUUUUAAAUUGAUUUGGAUUUCAAACAAAUCGGGAUUGUUUCUUAUCAUUGUAAACCACGUACUAAUUAUUUGAUUUCUUUGUAAAACAUCGUUCCUUUAUAUAAUUAAUUGCAUGCACCUUUUUGGUAUUUUGGCUUCUACUUUCUGCAGGGUAGCGGCAAAGAUGUGCCGACAGCGGAGGAGAGAGUACGUACAAAACCUGGAGCUUCGCGUUGCUAUGUUAGAACUACAGAAGAAGAAUUU